UUGGUGCCCCGCGCUUGCACACACACAGGUGCCAGCAGGUUCCAGCCCGGUGGCACUCGGCAAGCAGUUGGCACUAACGCGGUUGUUGCUCUCACUGCACGCCGCUGCCAUCGGUGGAUCUGGCGGUAGGCAGUGCGCAUGAGCAGGAACAGGAACAGACUGUGAAGUCGAGGAGAGUCUUGUCAAUUAUAGACAAACAUGAACAAGCUGAAGUCCUCUCAAAAGGAUAAAGUUCGCCAAUUUAUGAUCUUCACACAAUCUAGUGAAAAGACUGCAGUGAGCUGUUUAUCUCAGAAUGACUGGAAAUUAGAUGUUGCUACAGACAAUUUUUUCCAAAAUCCAGAACUUUAUAUUCGGGAAAACCUUAAAGGAACAUUGGACAGAAAAAGGUUAGAACAGCUCUACAAUAGAUACAGAGAUCCUCAGGAUGAUAACAAAAUUGGUAUAGAUGGAAUACAACAGUUUUGUGAUGACCUUGGAUUGGACCCAGCAAGUAUAAGUGUACUCAUUAUUGCUUGGAAAUUUAAAGCUGCCACACAGUGUGAAUUUUCCAAACAGGAAUUUUUGGAAGGAAUGGCAGAACAAGGAUGUGACAGUAUAGAAAAACUAAAAGCACAGCUGCCCAAAAUGGAACAAGAAUUAAAAGACCAUGGGAAAUUUAAAGACUUUUAUCAGUUUACAUUUAAUUUUGCAAAGAAUCCUGGACAAAAAGGUUUAGAUUUAGAAAUGGCAAUUGCAUAUUGGAAUUUAGUACUUGCAGGAAGAUUCAAAUUCUUAGACCUCUGGAAUAAGUUUUUGUUGGAACAUCAUAAAAGAUCAAUUCCAAAAGAUACCUGGAACCUCCUGUUAGAUUUUAGCACAAUGAUAGCUGACGACAUGUCAAAUUAUGACGAAGAAGGUGCAUGGCCUGUCCUUAUUGAUGAUUUUGUGGAGUUUGCACGACCUCAGAUUGGAACAAAAAGUACAACAGUCUAGUAGUCUUUGGAACCUUCUAGAACGUACAGUAUGUGUUUUGUACAAAUAAAAAUCAUACAAUUGCACAGUCAGCUAAGAGCUGAUGAUGGGACAGAGCUGAAGAUCAAUGUUCCCUCAUCUUAUGAGGGCUGAGAAAACACAAGAAGUUCAAAGACAUAUCUUUAUCAGUCAUCUGAUGGUGGUGUGGACUUCUUUCUUUAGUGAGGGACCUCCAUUUGUACCUGUUUCAAACACCUGGAGACAAUUUCCCAUUUUGGAUCAUCCUCGACUUCUCUUUUUACCAAUCUUCAUAUUUUUUUGUUUUGCAGCAGUUGACAUUAAGCACAGCACAUGUCUUAAUCCACACAAGGGUCUGUCUGUUAAUGAAUGUCACACAACUUUAUGUUGUUAAUUUUUAUUCCUCGUAUCACUUUUCCACAUUGGUUUCAUUUUUUAAGCCUGGACGUGACAGACCAGCACGAAGCGUAUGAUGUGUUUUUAUUAUUUCCAAGAGGAUCAUAGUUUGAAACAAUGGAUUCUUAACUGACCAUGGUAUUUCUCGUGUGGAAAUAAAGAAGACAGCACACUUGAAUUAAAUUCAUCAUUUGCCUUUAAACGUUUUGUUAUUUUUGGUUUGUUAGAAGAGUAUCUGCUGAGUUUAAUGAUUGAAUUUGAAUUUUUUUUUUAGUUUUUGGGUCAAAGUUAUUCUGAAAAUACUGAAUAGGAUUAUAAGUCAAAAAAAUUUUUAAAUGCUAUUUUGAGUUCAGAAAUGCUACUAAAAAUUAUAGUGCAGUUUCAUUAAGAGUAUGAUGUGCUGAAUCAAAAACGUCGAGUAAUUCUAGAAAGAGUUUAAUUCUCAUCCCUUUUUAUUAAUGGUAUUUCAUGGUAAAAUUAAGAAAACCUGUAGUUUCUUCAUAUCCAUCAUUCUGGAAUUUUUUACAUUUUGCAACAGUUUUCAGUUUUCUAACCCUAAGUUCUGAGAAGCCUUAAAAUGGUUAAAAAAAAUGAUAAAACUAUGUAUUUUGAUACAACUUGUAUUAAUUCAGUGAUAGAAUUUGGAGUAUAUGUGUAAUUUAACUUACCACUACAUUAAGCUGAAGUGUUUUGUCUUUUAUAAUGCCUUAGAAGAAACAUCAGUGAAGGCUAACUGGUGUUUUCAAAACUCGCAUACCCAAAUAGCCUUUGAAUUUUCAUUAUGUACGUGGGUUAUGUUUCCUGUAGCUGAGUGCUUUGACACACAGAGGUGCCAAGUGUACCUCUAGUACCUCAAACUGUUGUCUUUUUAAAGCACAACGUAAAAAUCGGUUCCAUUAAAUCAAAUAUCAUUUACCAUGAAUUUAAAUUUGAAAACAGAUUUACAGAUAAUCCACAGCCACUUUGAAACAAAUUCUGUCACAAUGCUUGAUGAGACUGGGAUGGUCUGAACAAGUUGCACUGAUGUGCUGUGUCACCUUGACCUUAAAAUGUGUCCCCCAUGACACACAUGUAAGGUUAGCAACUUCAAGUAGUCUAAAACCUGAUCAGGCUGCUGGUUGGCUCAAGAUUUAAUUAUUUAUGCCAACUAUUUGUUUGCCAGUUGAUGGCUACAGUGUGAGACCACAGCUGUGUCCUAAUCCAGUAAUCACUGGCAGCAUGACUUUGCUAGGCUGGUGUUCACAGCUUAGACCCUGAAGUGUUGUAGGAGACUCAUUAAUGGCAGUAAUAGGAUGCUGGUCCAUCUCAAAUAGUUGAACAGCUUUCAGUUUCCUAGUUAAUGUAGAUGUGUUUUUGUUACAUUAAGUAUGUUAAUUGUGAACCACCUUUUAACUUCUGUCCAGGAAUUUAACCACUAGUCACUACUGCUGUUCUCCAACCUGUAAUGGUGCAGAUGGAACCAGCUAAGCGAUCAAAACAUAUUGUUCAUCUAGUCAUAGCAAGGAAUUGGUUUACAAACUGUUAUUUAGUUAUCGGAGUGCUUUAUGCUGAUUUGAGUUGUUCUUCUCCCCAGUGUCAAACUGUAUGUUAGACAGGCAUCCUCCAUGUGUCAUGCUAUUAAAGAUAUAUGGACCUGUCUACUGGCUUUCAAAUGUUCAAACUUAAAUAGUGUAUGUUUGUCAAUCAGCAGCAUGAGACCAGCAUAAGCUGCUGUGAGGGAAAGAUUGGUAUUGUUUAAAAGUCAGUAAAACUAAAGCAGAGAUAUUAGGAAAGUGUCAAGUGCCACAUUCCAAAUUGACCCAAACUGCAAAUAGUGUGGUUGUGAAAGCCAGCCUAUCCAGAAAACAAAGCAGGUGAAUGAGAAGAAGAAAAAGGAGAGCUACCAAAAUGUGGGAUUAAGCGUUGGGUACCAAUAAAAAAGUUAAAAAAAAAAAAAAAAAGGUGGUUGAUAAAAUCUUAAGGAAAGAAGGAAAACAAUUCUGCACACUCCAGAGAGUGCUAGUGAGAGACUGGAGUAAUGUCAGUGGCUGCUGUGUAUUGCUGAUUUUUAAAUGGAAAAAUGCAAAACUGUUCACUUUGUAUAGUGCUAGAAAUGUUUGUUUUUUCGCAGACCUUUAUGCUGUAAGGUCUCAAAAUACCCUAAUGACAUUCAUCCUGAUUUCUUUCAAAAGUUUUCUUUUGAAACCUUCUAGAGGCAGAUUUACGACUAUUCGUAUAUUCUGAUCUGCUUUGUUUGAUGAUGGGCCAAAGUAGAAUGUGCGCAGCGUUACUUUUGUUUGAAGUCUGUGCUUGCUUUCUUUUGUACUGUUAUCAUUUGACAUUUUGGAAAAAAACAAAAUUCAUUGAUCUGAAAUGUUUACAGUUCCUACACCCUUUCUCAUUUGUCAGUUCUGCUCAAAGAAAGGGGGGGAGCAAAGUGGAACUUUGUUAUAAUUACUGUGUAAUUAUAUGGAUUUAUUAAAGCUUAAAAUUGUC